CUGAAUUUUUUUUUUUGCUGUGUGCAAGCCUCUUGUUUGUUGUUUUCUUUCUGGACUUUAUUGAAUAGACUCAUUUGUUUCUCAAUAUAUUGCAUUUUUGGAAAUAGAGAAUACGAGGUCUAGAUAUAAAACAAACGAUAUGUGAAAUACUUUGAAAAGAUUUGUCAGGAAGAGAUAUAAAGACAUCUCAACAAAAAUGCCUACAAAAGCCAUUCGAGUAAUUGGCUAUUUGCAGUUCAGAAUAAUUCUGCCUAUCAUUUUAUUAGGAGCAUCAGUAGUUCGUUUCAAUGGAAUAUCAUUGAUGUAUUUAGCAUGUCUACUAGUAUCCCCACUGCUACCGAUUCCAAAUCGAGUAACAAUGAGAGGUGCUACUGGUAUAUUUCUCAAGCUGCUGAUGCCACUUAGUUUGCUGCCUAUAUUAGGGCACAUCAUUUUUCAUGUGACACUGGUAGCCAUAGCUUCAAAAGAGAAUCCAUAUGGCAGCAUGUUCCAUAAUUGCUCUUUUAAAGAAAGCUUAUGUCGACAGAUAGGUUUUCAGAGGUUGGACAAAGCUAGCAUACCAACAGUCAUCAGGCUUAUCAUACCUGAUGUGGUUGUGUUCAUUACCUCUCUGGUGGUGCUUGUGGCUUCACUGAAGAUAACCAGGCAGACAUCACUUAUCUCUGGAACAGAGAUGGAGAUUCCCUUUGCACCUGUCAUCAAAAGCAAGCAUGGUCAUGGCUACUGGAAGACCUUUCUUCACUUAAUAACCAAUAUUACUCUAUUAAUAGCUGGUGUUAUUUGGCCUUCAGUGUUUGGAGGGGUGUAUUUCAUAACAUUUCUUAUUGUCAUCACCCUGUGGGGAUGCUACAAACCCAUGGGGAAAAAGUUUGGCUUUGUGCAGAGAGUGUUGCUCUUCUACACAGGCUCUCACAUUCUCCUCCUGCACCUUUAUCAGUUCCAGUUUUUUCAGGCAGAGUUACCUCCAGACAAUUUUGUUGCCAGACUACUGGGGCUAACUGGUGUCGUCUAUACAGACUGCUCUAAUGUGGACAGCCUGUACUUCCAUCCCAACUUGCGAUGGUCCAUUUUCCUGAACCCAGCCAUUCUACUUGUGCUUUAUUGGGUGCUGGCUGUCUACUUUAGGCAUCCAUUAUCAAAAAAUAAAUCUGCCCACGAGGAGCACAGAAUGUCAGUCAUGCUCUCUAUCAAUCCAGAAAGACAGGUAUUCCUUCAUCAAAGACAGGAUGAGAUUGAGUGGAAUGAUGAAAAACAACAUUUUGACACUGAGUGGGAAGAACCCAAGCGCUGUAUAGACAGCGAGACAGGAAGUAUGGUGUUUUCGGGAUCGUCCAAUGGAGAUAUGGACCCAGGUGAAGAUGAGCCAGGCCGUCCAUCUACUCCUGAGCGUUUGGUGGAGAAUGAAGAACCCCUCGGAGGACGCUAUGGAGGUAUUGCUGAAGUACACGAAACAGAAACAAAGAAAGCAUCUAUUGGCUCUGAAGAUGAUAAAAAACGAAGGCCUUGGGUUUCUGUUCUUUUCCUGAUCAUGAGACAGAGCUACAUUCUGUCUCUAAUUGCAAUGAUGGCUUGGAGUAUCACUUACCAUUCAUGGCUGACAUUUGUUUUCCUACUCACUGCAUGUCUUCUGUGGAUGUUUCCAAGCUCCAGAACCAUGUGCUUAAGAUCAUCUCCCUUUGUUCUCUUCUAUGCUGAGGCCCUACUGUUGGCUCAGUAUGUCUUCAGUAUGAACCUUGAUAAGGAGCUGCCAGUGGAUGCUGGCACCUACAAAUUGGAUGAGAUAGGACUGAAGAGAUUUACUGACCCAGGACUCAAUUUAGCCCUACAGUGUUUCUACACCUUCUUCAUGGUUUUGACCUUGAGGCAAUUUAUUAGUGAGAAGUGCUCAGACAUUCAGGAUGGCAUUAACAUGGAACAGCGACAAAACCAUCGGACUUCUAUGCUGGACAGCUUUCUACCUAUGGAUUUCCAGGGAACUAUGCGUGACAGCAAGACAAUAGUUUUCAUAGGUCAUUUCUUUUGGGUGGUGCUAUGCAAGUAUUGGAUCAUCUUUUGCUCCAUCAUGAUGGCAGUUAUCUCCCUGCAGGAUGUUGUUAUCUAUAGAAUCAUUUACAUGAUCCUAUUCCUCUUGUUUGUUCUUGCAUUUCAGCUCAACUUUACAUUAUGGAGGAAAAUCAAUUUUAUCUUCUGGUGGAUUGUUGUCAUCUACUCCAUCUUUGUUCUAAUCCUUAUCUACACCUAUCAAUUUGAACAGUUCCAUAUAUAUUGGACCAACUUCACUGGAUUUGAUGAUAAUUUACUGGAAGAUAUAGGACUGGAAAGGUAUGACACUACUGGUCUUUUUGUAAAGCUCCUGACGCCAACAAGUUUCCUUGUCAUUGUCAUUCUACAACUGCGUUACUUUCACACUCCAUUCUUGAAAUUGAGUGCCGUAGAUCGUUACAAGACCGGCGAAAACAACAUUAACCAAAACCGCAGUGAAGAUGAAAGACUGGCACAGAACAUGACUGAAGAUGAAGAUGGCAAUGAUAAUCAGAACAGCUCAGAACCCGAGCACACACCCAAAGUUUUCAGCACAAGAAACUGGGUCAAAAGGAUUGUUGUUGAGACAUUGUCACUGUGGCAGAAGCUGACCAUUAAAUUGUGGCGACUUGGAGAAAUUCACAUUUUUAAACUCAUUACUUUGGUAGUUGUUAUUGUGGCAGUGAAGGAAGUGUCUGCCUUGACUGCCAUGUAUAUGUUAUUUGUGGCUGCCCUCACACCUUUAGCUGGUGCACACUGGCUACUGUCUCACCUGAUUCAGCUCUGGACUGUCAUCAUAAUUCUAGCCAAGAUGAUUUUCCAGUUGAACCUAGUUGAAGCUAAAUUUUGGAAAACACAUUGUUUAAACUCUACAAAUACAAGUGGAGCUUUUAACCAUAGUAUAGAAGUGGACAAUGCAGAGUGGUUUGGUUUAUCCAAAAUAAAGGACAAAAGCAUAACUUUGGCCUACUACAGCAGGUUGUACAUCUUAGUCCUGGUGCUGGUUGCCUUUGAGAGCAUCAUUCGUUACCACCAAAAGCAGUACUUCAAUACCCCUGACGUGGAGAAACCUCAAGCAGGCAUCAUUUUUGCAAAAAUUAAUCGUCAGGAAGCAGACAAGGGAAUCAUCAAGUGCUUCAAAUUCUUUGCCAACUAUUUUUUUUAUAAAUUUGGUCUUGAGUGUUGUUACAUCAUGACAGCUGUAACUGUUAGCAUUCGUUUGGACAGCAUUGCAGUUGUUUACAUCUUACUUGUGGCCAUUUUGAUGAUGAUGCCCAGACGCAACAUUGCCAGAGUCUGGCCAUUGUAUAAAAUUAUUUUGGCUUUUUUGCUUUUGGGCCAGUUUGUUGUUCAUUUAGGGUUUCCCAAGGGCUCAUGUAUAGAGUAUCCUUGGUUGAUAACCAAUGCAAUGACCAAGAAUCUCAACCAAUGGCUGGACCUGCCAGAUUAUGUCAACAAAGAAAUGAGUGGCAAACUUAUAGCUGACUUUCUGCAACUUCUCUUUGUGAGCCUUCAGUCCUAUGUGUUCAGGGUAGAAAGUGUACCAGCAUCUAUGAAUCAGUAUGGCGGGGGAGACAAUGCUGAUAUUCUUGCAGAUGUUGAAAAGAACAUGCCUAUAUUAGUGGAAGAUUUUACUCUGGAUACCUCACAUGGGAUCAAUCUGAUGAAAUAUCUAGUCUUUGAGAACAUGUUUUGGGUUACCAUGGCAGUCAUUUUCAUCACUGGUGCUACCAGGAUCAAUAUCUUUUCCCUCAUCUAUGUGAUUGCUGUCUUCUGCUUCAUGUGGUAUGGGAAAGAGUUCUUCUUGAAACCUCUUAGAGCAAUGUUACGAUGGUGGAACUUCUUAAUAGCCUACUGCAUACUUGUUCUCUUCUUAAAGACUGUUUUACAGCUUGUGGGUUGUGUCUAUUUGAACGUACUGAUUGAAAACCACCAUUGCUGGUUGGUGCAGCUGUUUGGAAUCAACUGUCUUCUUAGUGGUUCUGACAAGCAAGGAUUGGCAAGCUGCCCAGUUGAGAAAGAUGAUGCUGGGCUUGCAUGGGAUGUAGUCUGCCUGACCUUCUUGUUGUUUCAGCGCCGCAUCUACUCUUCUCACUACUUCAGACAUCUUGUCAUAACUCUGAAAGCACAAAAUAACUUGGUCUCUCGAGGUGCUGAGUUGAUCAACCGUAUUAUGAUACGAGAAGUCAACAAACAAAAUGAGCAGGAACGUGAGAUACUUGUCAAUAUAAAGAAACAAAUGAAAACUCUUAAGAAAAGGCAGGCAAAGUUGAAGAAGGAUUUCAAAGAACCGGAAGAACAUUUCCAGGCUAUCAGAGCCGGUGACUACUACCUGUUUGAAGUUGAUGAGGAGGAGGAGAUGAGAUCUAAAGAUCGCCAGGUGGUCACCUCUCUCACUUAUGGCACUGAACCUGAAGAUCCAAAUGCUAAGCCUACUCCUACACAGAUGAUCAAUACAGCCCUUGACCAAGGCUUGGAAGUAGCUGUAGAAACAUAUGAUUCUGAUGCAGAUUCAGAGAAGUCACAAGAUAUUCUAUCAAAUGAACCUGUCAAGAGAAAUUCUUCACAUGUUGAUCCUUCAGAAUAUGAAGAACCUUCAACCGUGAAUAAAGUACGCCUCAUUUGGAACUUUAUUACUAAAUUGUGGUACAGUGCUGUGGACUGGUUAAUAGGAUUUUGUAAUCGCCUUUCACGUAACUACCGUUUGGUGGCUAAAAAACUAGCAAAGGAAAUGAUUUUAGAAAAGCAGAAAAUUUUGGAUUCACAAGAACCUAAAAAGAAAAGAGAUACUGACUCAGGGAUAAGUAAAACAGAUGAUAUUCGUGUUGAAAUUGAAGACUCUACAUUUGAACCAAGUGGUUCUUCAACAUUUGCUCCAGUCAAAGUAGGCAGUUUGUUGAGCUUGGACAAACUGGAGAAGGAAGAUGAAGAAGAAAUCAAGCAACAGUUUGAGGAAAGCAAGGACCGUUUGAGUCGACUGACAAUGGCUCUGGGUUUACUUUUAGCUUCACGAUCAGAACUGCUUUGUUAUUUUCUCAUGAUUCUGAACCAGAUGGUCUAUGGAAGUUUGCUUUCUCUCCCAUUGCCACUAAUGGUUUUCCUGUGGGGAAUGUUGUCAGUGCCUAGACCAUCUAAAACAUUCUGGAUCACAGUCAUUACUUACACAGAGGCUGUGGUGGUGUGUAAGUACAUGUUUCAGUUUGGUUUCUUCCCUUGGAAUGAUGGCAACUAUAAUGACAACCCUUUCUUCCCUCCACGCAUCAUUGGCAUUGAAAAGAACCCAAGUUAUGCUAAUGUGGACAUUGCCUUGCUCCUGGCUCUCUUUCUUCAUAGGUCUAUAUUGAGGAAAUAUGGUCUAUGGAGAGAUGCUGCAGACAUAACAGCUGAUUUGGAAGCUGCUGGCCAGAAGGAGAAGAGCACACCAAACUCACCUGCCAGGAUUACUGAAUCACCGUUACUUCAAGAAUCCGCUGCACUAGAUACGCUUGCAUCUAUACCAUCAAAGAAGUCAAGAUUAGGUCAAGGACUGGCCUACAUAAUCAACCCUUUCACAAAGUUCUUUGCACAAGUCACACAGUCCUCAUACAAUGCCUCAGCAGAUGUUUAUGCUCCGAUGUUUUUUUGUGACUUUAUACUUUUUUUGGUGCUAGUUUUGAGCUUUAACUCAUUUGGACCAGCUGAAACUACAGGAGAUGGUGAUGUGACUAGUUACAUAAAGGACAACAAGAUCCCAGUACCUUUCCUCAUCAUGUUAAUCCUGCAGUUCAUAGCUAUUAUUAUUGACAGGGCACUUUUCUUGAGGAAGUUUGUCUUAGGAAAAUUUAUUUUCCUCAUUUUCCUUGUCAUUGCAAUCCAUGGAUGGAUGUUUUUCGUUUUGCCGUCCAUUACAAAAAGGAGCUUCUUCAACAAUGUUGCAGCCCAGAUUUGGUAUUUCAUCAAGUGCAUAUAUUUUGGUCUAUCAGCAUACCAGAUAAGAUGUGGUUAUCCAAAUCGUAUUCUUGGCAACUUUCUGACCAAAAAGUAUGCUUAUCCCAACUUGUUUUUGUUUAAAGGAUUCUUAGCUGUACCAUUCCUGCUUGAGUUGCGUGCCCUAAUGGACUGGAUCUGGACAGACUCUACCCUUGCCAUUGGAAACUGGCUCCAGAUGGAGGACAUUUAUGCCAACAUUUUUGUGUUAAAGUGCUGGAGAGAAAUAGAAAAGGCAUAUCCAACUGAGAGAGCUGUCAAGAAAAGAGCGUUGAUCAAAUACAUCUCUGGUGGAUUCCUUCUUAUUGUUGUGGUUUUCAUAAUCUGGUUCCCUCUAGUCUUUUUUUCCUUCUUCAAUGCUGUAUUUAUUCCCAAUCCACCCUAUGAGGCCAAAAUGUCUGUUAGCAUAGGAGGCUACCAGCCUCUGUUUGUCACUACCACAUUAGGCGAUAGCAUUCAAGCUGUGACAGAGACUCAGUUUAGCACUUUGAAGACUCACUACUCCAAGGACAGAAUAUCCUCCAGCUUUUUAAGUGGUUAUCAAGCUUCUGAUUUGUCCCUGGUUGCCUUUGAUGGUAAAUCUCUAGCCAUCUGGGGUAUCAGUCCAGCCAGUCAGAUUGAUAUGGCAGCAGAUCUGGCCAAUGACAACACUACAAAUAAACUUACAAUGACUGUUGAAGCCACAUUUAAAAGAGAACCAGACAAAGCUUUACCAAGUGAAGUCACUAAUCUAUUUGAGAUCAACCUAAGGGAUCCGAAAUACCAUAAUGUGCGGCAUAAGUUUGCCUCAAUCAUACGUAGGGAGAACAACUCCACUAAUGAUUCUGUGGAGAUAUUAGAAUUGUUUCCAAGGUUUAUACGGCUUGGCAGUACAACAAAAGCUGUAACUGUUGAACCCCUUAUCUCUGGUUCUAGUGGUAUUAGAAAGAGCAACAUUACAAUGCAGCUAAAACGUGAUGAGUCCAAUGCUCUUAGCCAGUGGUGGAAUUUGAAUGAGACAGUAUCUGGUCUCAAUCCUUUUGCCUAUAAAUCAGAUUCUAAUAAGACUGAAAGUAAAGCAUACUUCAUCACAUUCAAUGACAGGAAGGCUCCAGAGGCGCUGUCAUUUCUUUCUGGAUAUGGUAUCAUUGGACUGUACAUUUCCUUCAUUCUUUUGAUUGGUCGAUUGAUGCGAUUGAGUACAACCAACCAGUACCUGACUAUCAUGUUCAGGGAGCUUCCUGAUGUGGACAGGCUGCUUCAGCUAUGCUUGGACCUUUAUCUUGUCCGGGAGAUGAAAGAGUUUCAGUUGGAAGAAGAGAUCUAUGCCAAGAUCAUCUUCCUGUAUCGCAGCCCAGAGACCAUGAUCAAGUUUACCCGUCAGACAAUCAGACUUGGCAAUAUCAAGAAAUUGGAUGACGACAAAGACAAGGAGAAAGCAGAUUAAUGUUUUGUGGGCAUUGAUCAGGCUGCACACUUAUGUAGAUAAAGGGGGAGAGCUAUACAUUGACUUGAACCAUUUUCUUAUGUUUCCACUUUGUAACCAUUGAUUGCAUGUACAGUAGAAGGAGAAGGAAAACUAGGUCUUGCAUGCCACACUUGUAGAGAUGAUGCUGUAGGAAAGGAAUUUUUACUGAGUGCAUGUCCUGUAGAUCUGGUUUAAACCAGUUUGUUUGAGAUUGUAAUGAAUCCUGAGUGCUGUUUAACGAUGUUGUAAAUGAAUUAUUUGUUUGACAUUAGCGAUGCUUUGUAUACACAUAAUUAUAAAAAUCGAAUCAGGUUCUGUUGCUGGGUUUUUAAUUCCUAAUUCAACCUUAAAGUGCUGUAGAUUUCAUUGCCACUGCUGUACUCCGUUGUUUUAUAUCAUGAAUAAUUAUUUUUGUAAAAGAAUAUUUGUUAUGGCUCUUCAUUGCGCUCAAAUGACAUUGCUCUCUAUUCUUUCUUUUUACUCAUCCUUACUUCAUAAACCUUUAAAGACUUUUCAUCUUUUUUUUUAAUGUAUUUUUAUUAAGUACUCUAUGCUUCAUUUGUAUGGACAAUAGCUGUUGAGUGAACUAUUCUUAUAUUAAAUUAGCUCAAAAAUACUCAUAUUAUUAUGAAGUAAUUAUACAUCCUUCAAAGAAAAUAACCUUUGCAUGGUGUAUUUAUACCACAGGUGACAACUUCUUAUUUGAAGUUAGUGGUCAAAGUUUGUGAUUGCUUGCUCAGUUAUUCUUUUAAAACAAAGAUUGUUGUGGAUUUUUUUUUUCAGUUUUAAUAUUAUCACUUUUUUUUUUCCUAAUUAGAAUUGAUUUAGACUAUUAGGUACCGAAAAGCAUUUUAUGGUCUUAUUAAUUCCCCAACUUGUAAGGAAUAAGGAGAUUUCUUUGUGUAAACCUUUCAAGUUUAUUUUACUUGAGGUUAUGAUGUUCCAGAGAUUAUUACCUAAUUACUAUAUCUUUAAUGUCAUGAUAACACAAUUUCACUAGAAUCUACUAUGACAAUAUAUAAAACCAGUACUUUAUCACUUGCAUUGUUCUCAAAUCAGAUUCCUUUUUUUUUUUUUUUUAGUUCAGCUCAAUAAUUAUUUAGUGCACCAUUUGUAUCACUGAUGUGCCAUUUGACCUGUUUCAUUUGUCUUGAAGUUUUUGUUAUGGAUGAUGCCAGUGCAAUAUUUCUGUCCUCUGUAGCUUUGUUUUAUACAAACUCACACACACACAAAAUGUAUCUGUUUAACCCAUUAGUGCCUAUUUCAGGUUUAAAAAAAAAGGAAACUGACCAUUUUAGACCUUGCAAUCUAUAGGGUAGAUGAUGUAAAGGUGAUCUUUUUCUUUCGUUAACAAAGGUGUCAUGAAACCAGUACGACCAACUGCCGCUACUUUCCUCAACUAAUGCCAGGUAUCCAUUAAAAAAUUAGAUCGACUCAGGAGCUUAAUAAAAAUUGCUACCUUAGCUGAAAUUCCAACACAGGAUCCUUCAACUCAAAAGCCAAUAGCUUUACCAUGCCCUGCCUCAUUUUGAAAAAAAUACCCUCUAUUUCCUAAUUGAGAAAAUAAAUAAAUAAACUAAUAAAAAAAAAAUAUGUUACCUUUCAAAUUUAUAUAUAUAUAUAUAUUUAAAACCUUAUAAAAAAAAAAUACAGAUAAAAAUAUUUUACUCUGUUAUUUUCUGGGUAGUCUUUAUACACUGUAGUCUCUGUCCUUUUGUUUCAAAAAUUUAAUUUUCUCUAGAAAAAAGGGUCAGUACACUCUUGUUCUGAAUGAAACAUAAUGACCUCUUCUUAAAAACUUCCUACUCCUACUCCAUUAGGCUUAAACUGUAAACAACGCAUCAGACCUCAAUAGGCGCUUUCGGCUUGAACUUCAUACAUUCUUUAAAGUAUUUCAUUGUUGGUAUCUCUUUUACAUUGCAUACGUUAUAUACCAAGUCACUAUCAGAUUCAAAGUUGGAUUCUAAUAAGUUACUUGACUACUUUCAUAUUUUUAAAGUUAUUAAUGAAAUCUUUCUCUACUUACAAAAAAAAGCUGAUAAAGCAUAACUCCUUGUUCUAAUAAGUUGCUUUCACCCCUUUGCUUGGCCCUUUUGUGACCUGAUCUGGUGUUGUACAUUCUUAGGGUUGGCUGAUUGACUAGGGUUGUUACUAGGUUAUCAAAUCUGUUAAUUGUAAAAAUUCUUAAUCUGAUAUUGUAAUUUCUUUUAUUGACUUUUGCCUGUUGUUUUCCCAAAGCAUCUUAUUUCACAAGUGUUUAAUUUUAUAAUCUAAUAUUCAUUACAGGCACUCUGUGAGAAAUAGAAAUAUAAUGAUCACAUAAUGAAAUUAAUACAUUUUUGUUUUGUUAAGCUGACUAACAUUUAACAUUAGUUUGAACAAAUUAAAUAAAAUCUUACACACAUUUCUCAUAUUUUGACAUUAAAAUGUAUUAAAUAACAUUUAUUUAUUCUGAAACCUGAAUGAAAAUGACUAGUGUGAUAAAAUAUAAAAACACUAAAUAAUAUAAUUUACACACUUGGUAAUGAUACUUUUUGGAUUAUUCUUAUCUCUCUCUCUCUGAUUAUAUAUUUUAUAUUAUCCUUUAUGACAUCUUCAUCUUGAUAGGUUGUGACUGUUCUGAAUUUCUGUAUCAAAUCCUAGUCUUGUAAUAGUCUUUCAUUGCAGUGCUUUGAUGCUUUUUGUUUUUCAAUAUUCACUUUUUUAAAAUACAACCUUAAUAUCUUUGAAAUCUACUGGUAUGUACUUAUAUUGUGGAAUUUGUUUACUUUUUUUUUUACUUAUUUCUAGACCUGAAAAGAAAGAGCAUAUCUGUUCAUGUCUGUAGUGUUCAUAAAAUGGAUAACUUUCCCUAAAGUUUUCAAAGCCAACAAGUCUGGAUCUAAAACUGUAGCUUUUAAAGAGCAUAAUGACAGUUUCAUAUAGAAUCAUAAUAUGCCUACUUUUGAAACUGCUGGCAAAAAAAAAAUUAUAUGUUUUGUAUUAUAAGUAGAAGCUUCUUAAACCAUUUCAACUUGCUUUGAGAUGUAAAUGCAAAAAUUACCUAAGAAGAAGACUACUCAUUGAAUCAUCUGUAAAGAACAAUUAAUGAUACCAUUUUAAAUUGAAGUAUAAAUAAACAAAUCAUAUGUGUGAUGAUGGCCUAGUUAGUCUUCUAAUUUGAUUUCUUGAAACCAAGCAAAAUAGCAAGUGAAAAACAUAUUGUGAUUGUGAUUUUUUUUUAUCAAGCAUAGAUAUAUUUUUGUUUGCAAAUAUUAUAUUACUUUUGAAAUAGCUUUUUUUUUGUGUGUGUGUUCUCUGAAUUAAAAUUUGUAAAAUUUAUUUUUUUAAAUUCAGUUCCUUGAUUGUAGAUUGUUUUCAUUAGCAUUGGUUGAAUAGAAUAAUGUUUAGAUUUGUUUUGGGAACACUUCAAUCCAUUGGCCAUCAUCACAUUUGUAACUUCUUCUGAAGGAGGACAAAACAAAUGUCUUCUCUUUCCCAACACUGUGGCUCUAGUGCAGUGCUCUUAGUUUGACUAGGAGUGAAGUACAAAAACAGUUUAGUAUAUUUUUGGAGAGGUGAAAUAUUUACCAAUUCACUGUUGGCAGCUUUAUGUAAGGUGUGAAAUGUUUGUUAUAUAUUUUGUUUGUUAUUCCCUCCUUUUUUUGAACUUUUUUUCCCCUCCGUUUUACAAAUGCACUUGAAUUGGUUGUUUAGUAAUAUGGCUUUUGUUUUUUUUCUCCUUUUUACAGGUGGGUUAGAGGCGGCAUUGGUUUUAUGUAUGUUUCUUUUGUUCUUGUAAUAUUCAAGUUUAUCAGAAGCUCCUUUACACUUGGGCGCAUACUCUACAUACAUUUACACGAAGCUCCAGACGUAGACAGGCUGAUGGAGCUGUUAGAUCAGAUUUACUUGGCCAGGGAGCUCAAAGACUUCUGGCUGGAGGAAGAACUGUACGCCAAGCUCAUCUUCAUCCUUCGCUGCCCUGAGGUGCUGUUCUACAUGACUCGCUUGCGUACUAUUGUCUCACUCAAGUCAGAUGUGAACAAAAUUCCCUCAGAAAUAGAGCUACAGCCUGUGUUGGAAGUCAUUUCACCGCCUCAACAGAGAAAGAUGGAUGUAAUACAUAAUUAUUUUACUAGGAUGCCUUUUAUCCCAGCCUCUUUGAUGGAAAGUUUAGGUGCUGAAGCCAAACCUAAAACUGACUAACCAUUUCAUAAUAAUGCUUUCUCUGUAUUUUUAUACACCAUUGAGGGAUUUUAAAAAUUUGAACUGUAUUUCUGAAAAUAUUUUUUUUCUUGUACAUCUUUUUUUUUACUACCAUUUUUCUGCAACACUUUUUUUUCCCCUGUAAUAUUUAAGUUUCAUUUUUCUUAGGGUUCUCAGUCUUUAAGUUAUGAUCUCAUUUUAUAGACAGAAUGCAACUUCUAUACAUUUUAAAAAAAGGGUACUAAAAUGCAAUAUAAGACCUUUCUUGACUGCAGAAUUGGGUACCACCACAGAUAAUAUUUGAUAGUCUGAACUUUAAAACAUGAGUAAUGCUAGUGAAUUUUAGAAUACAGUAAUUUUAAAAAAUGUGAUUUACUUACUAUUUCUUUGUUCUUAUAGAUAUUUCCCAGUCAUUUUGUUCCUUUGUGGUCUUAAUAGUUUGAUAAGAGCAUAACUUAUCAAUGUAUGUUUAUAUUAUGUGCAAUAUAUAUUAUAUACUGACAUCUAGUGUUCCUUGCUUGAUUUUUUCAUUCACUUGUGUUAAUUCUUUCUUGGAUUAAUUUUUUACAGGCCAUCAAGUUAUAAAUUUUUUUUUGUUUCUUUUUCAUUCUGAUUUUUUCCACUUGUUUAUUGUAUGAUGAUGACCACAGGUUUUAAUGUACAGUUUGAGUGUAGUGUUUGUUUAUUCUAAAUUUUAACUAUGGGGGUAUGUACUAAUUAUAGAUUUUAAGCUCAGUUUACAAAAGAUUGAUAUAAGUAGGCUCUACUGACUUGCAUUAUGGAGAUUUAUAAAUUUCUAAUUAAAGUUAUACUAGAUAUAAUUUAAUAUCAUAUACACUUGAAAAACAAAAUUCAAUGGUGAAAUUUUUGGAAGGGUUGGUGUUUCUUGGUUAAGUUAGAAUCAGGUAUUUGUCAUUGAAGGUUGCUAUUACCUACCCUAUUUAAGUUUCUAAAAAAAAAGAUUUUUUUUUAACCUGUUUGGUAGUAACAUUAAGUUGGCUAUAGAUAUAUUUUUACCAGCACAGUUGAACCUUGUUAUAUACAGUACUGACUUGUUGAAAUAUAUAUAAAUUAGUUCAUCAAGUUGCUGGUCUCACUUUAGGGGUUUAUUUCACUUAGGGUACACUUAAAUUUAAACCUUUAAUAAAACUAACUUUAUUUCUGUAAGUUUUUAAAACCAAGAUUUAAACUCUCUACUUAUCUGUGUAAUAUUUUUAUUCAAAUACAAUUGUUGCCUUAUUAAGUUAAAUCUUAUGUUAGUUUUCAUUAGACUUUUUUUUUUUAGCUUUCAACUUUUAAUAAAUAGAAAGUCUUAACCUGUAAAGAACUGUGAAGUAGCAUUAAUUCUCUUAUCUGGCAUGUCAAACAAGUGACUCCACCUGCUGUAGAUUUCUUAUUAUUUUUGCCAAAAAAAAGUUUCAUUUAGAAUGUAACUUUCUUAACCUUAAUUUCAUAAUUUGUAUGUGUCUAUGUGUCACUUUAUCUCUAAUAAUAAUAAUAAUAAAUAUUGCUUCUCUAAAUUGUUGGGGCAUUUCCAGUGUGCUCAGCCACUAUCCACACCUUUUACACUCACUCUAUAGAGCUUUAUGAACUAUUAAAAAAAAAAAUAUUAUACUGUUUGUUAUGCAUAUAAAUUUACAAGGUAGGCCUUGACACGUGUUCACUUAGUGUUCUCAUUGUGUAAGAUGCAUUGUAAUUGUAAAAGGACACAUUUUGUCCUCCUUAAAGGGCAUGACCAUUUGGCACUUUAGAAGGGAACUGGUGCCACUAUAAAAUAGGUAGAAUCUAAGGCACUAUAAUUAAUGCAUAGCAAGUAGCUGAUGUCUUGUACCAAAAAUGUUUCUUCUUUUUGAAAUAAAUACAUUUUUUAAUAGAUACUGGCCUUUUAGUGGGAAAUUAUUACCAACUUUGUCAAUUGUUUUUUUUGUUAUGUAUUCCUCUCAACUACUUAUCUGUUAGGAAAAAGUUAUUGUACAAUUUAAAAAAAAAAUCUAAGGUGCCUUAAAAUGAAAUGCAAUUUUUUUCUCUGCAUUUUAAGCUACCUUGUAAUUUUGUUGACUAUUACCUCUGAUCUCACUUGUUCCUAAAUUCCAGCCAACUGUAGUGCUCUAUUUCUGUUUCUGUAUGAGAAAAUUAUACAGUGAUGACCUUGUGUUGGAGGCAAACAGUGUUUGCCAUUGGUUUUGUUUCUAGUUUCACACACUUACUUGUCAUAUUUUGAUUUAUAUCAGUGCUUCUCUACCUGAUGUGCACAUACCCUUUUUGGGGAAGUGUGGCCAUGGCAGAUAAUUUAGAAAAAGAAGUGGGGGGGGGGGGGGGGGGCGGAAUGUAAAUGCUUAACUAAAUCAAAGAUUCCUAGGCUUGCAGAAAGUGAGUUACAUCAUCUCUUUACCACUUAGCAUUACUAAUACAGAUGGAAGUGAUGACCUUUAUUGCAAACAUCGGUCUUUCAGAAUAAAUCAAUGACAAUGCCUAUCUCUUAAUACAUCUUUGUUGUUCCAACUCUGUAAAGUCAAUCCAUUUUUUAACCGACAUAAUAUUGCAGACAAUGUUCAAUAUAUGUGUUAAAUAAAAUCUAAGGGCUCCUGGACAGAAUACUUAUUAACAAGCAUCCCUGAUGUAAAUCUGCCAAUAAAUAUUUUUAUCAUUACCAACAUUCUUGCCAAAAAGUACAAAACAGAAUUAGUAAUGAAUUCUUUCUUUUAAAUCCACUCUGAAGUACUAUUGCAUUUAAAAAAAAAAAAAUUUUUAAGGAAAGAUUAGAGAAAUUAUUUUUUGUUACUGUAAUGUUACUGUUGCCCUCUUGUAUAACUAAACAUAAGUGUGUUCUACAGUGACUUUGGUCUUCUUAGGAAUUUCACCAUUUAAUAAAAAAUUAUUUCUAGUAUUAACUUUUAUGAAUGCACACAAGCAUAUAUCAUAACGAUUAAAGGUGUAUUAAUUUCAUAGUUGUACUCCUCUCAAUAUUUUAUGCCAUUUUUUCAUAUAUUUCAUAGGAUUUAUGAAUACCAUAUUAGAAAUCAACAUUCUUUACUUAGUUCAGGUAUUGGAUAAUAGUAUUGUAUUUGCUAUAUUAGUGUGUUUUUCUUUCUUUUUUUUAGUACUCAGCACCUUUAUGGUCAUAAUUUACAGUGUUAAUCUCUCAAACAUUUUAGGAUCAAUAAUUAAAUGCUUAAAAAAAUCUAUAAAUUCACAAAUUAUGACAGCAAAGGGAAAAAUGGGAAAUGGUCAGUUUUUUUACAUGCUAUAAUAUACAGAAGCAUUCUUUAUCCAAUAUCCUUUAUGUUUCUUAAGAGAAGAUUAUCCUGUAUAGUUUUUAUUGGUUUUAUAAAUGUGGGCCAUCACACCAUAUAUAAUAACUAUAUAUAGUACUAGUUACCUAUUCCAAUUUGAUCUUUUACUUUGUGAACCUACAUACUUUUUUUUCAUAUUCUUUUUUAGGAGCUGUUGUUAUCUGAAUUGUUCUUUAAUGUUGUCAUUAUUGUUAAAUUGUAACUGGCAUUUCAUGUUCUUUUCAAUGUCUAAUUUAAAUUUAAAAAAAAAAGUUUUAAUUGGUCCAACAUUGAAAUAUACAUUCUCACUUAAGUGAAUAUUUUUAAAAUCACACCUUGUUACUAGUAUCAUUUCUUAAAAGUUUUUUUUUUUUAAAGAAGUCAAUGUCCUGCAAAGACACACAUGAGCUUCCGCAGAAUUUUUUUUUUCAUAGCAUGUUCAUAACGUCACUUAUUUUGUACAUUUCUUAGUAAGAUGGGGACAUGGACAUGUUUUUGAUUCUAUUAGUACUUAGCAUCAUUUUUUUAUGGUUGCUUUUUAAUUUGUCUGUGUUUUCAUGGACACACUUGGUGUAAGUAAUCAUGUUGUUUAUUGAGGCGUGAUGCCAUUGCAUGAUAUGAGGCAUUGAAUGUUGUGAGUGUAUUAAACAUUUCAUCAAUUAUCUUUUUGUUCUUGUUUUACAUUUACAUGUAUUUGGUUAAGUCACUUGUUUGUAGAGCCUUAUGUGUGCACAUCUAAAUAAUUGAAGCACCAUUAAAAUAAAAUGACAAAAAAUCA